AUGACCGCGUCUUUGCUAACAAGACCGAGGAGCCUAACCACUGCAUCCAAAAUGGCGGGCGCCAUGUGCGCGGACGGCACAGAGAAUACCUCCCUCCUAGCAUCUAUUAAUAGCAAGACAGCUCCUGAUGUCCGAUCCCGCCACAUGGGGAAGCGGCAAAACCCGUGGCAAUCCUCACAACCACUCAAGCCACCAUCACGAGACACAGGCGGCUCGAAGAGGCGAGAGACAGCAGCGGCACCAAUAGGACAGAACUUUAAACAGCGACUAUUCCUGCCCGGGGUGACCGCACCUUCCACCCAGCGAGACACCUUGAUUAGCGGACCGACCCAGUGCUCGCCUACCAUACAGCCUGCAACAGAACAGCCCGGAAAAUGGCAGAUCCCUUACAACAUGGUGAACACCAUCCAGCGGAUGACCGUAAGCAGCAAGCCCACCACAGCACGGCUGCUACUCAGAGGAACAAAUGGACAAAACAUAUCCUGA